AUGGGGUUACAGAGAAGCGGAAAAUCCAGCAUUCAACGUGUAGUGUUUGGUAAAAUGCCGCCCAACGACACUUUAUACCUUGAAAGCACAACAAAGAUCCAAAAGGAAGACAUAACUCGAUCUUUUAUUGAUUUUCAGAUUUGGGAUUUCCCUGGGCAAGUCGACUUUUUCGAUGAAAUGGCAUACGAUCCACAAGACAUCUUCGGCACUGUGGGCGCAUUGAUUUUUGUGAUUGAUGCUCAAGAUGAUUACAACGAGGCGUUGCAUAGACUAUUCACUACAGUCACUAGUGCUUACAGAGUCAAUUCCAACAUUACAUUUGAAGUGUUGAUUCACAAGGUAGAUGGUUUGUCUGAUGACUACAAGAUUGAUACGCAGCGCGAUGUCCAGCAAAGAAUGAGUGACGCCUUGGCCGAUGCUCAAUUAGAGUACAUUCACUUGACCUACUACCUCACUAGCAUCUACGAUAAUUCCAUCUACGAGGCCUUUAGUAAAAUCAUCCAGAAAUUGAUCCGAGAAUUACCUACAUUAGAAAACUUGCUCAACGUCUUGUGCUCGAAUUCGGGCAUUGAUAAAGCAUAUCUCUUUGACACAUUAACAAAGAUUUAUAUCGCCACUGAUAGUUCGCCUGUGGAUAUGCAAUCCUAUGAGUUGUGCUCGGAUAUGAUUGACGUUUGCAUUGAUGUGGAGUGCAUCUACGGCGCUCAGGGGAACAGUCCAAACGAUCUGUCAUUAUCAGUUACACCUGAUCGUAGCAACAACAUGUUGGAUGGCCAGCACACACCCGUAUCGCUUGAUCACCAAAACGACCCGGCAGACAGUGAGAGCCUGGAGCGAAGAUUGUUAGAGCACCAAAACGAACAACAGCAACAACAUGUUACUACAGCAAGCUCAGAGGCCGAGGCUUCCAGUUUGAUCAAAUUAGACAAUGGCGAUGUUCUGUACAUGAGAGAGGUGAAUCGAUUGUUAGUCCUGAUAUGUCUCUUGCGUCAAGACAACUUUGAAAAGCACGGCUUGAUUGAUUACAACUUUCAGUGCUUCAAGGAGGCAGUUACUGAGGUUUUUGAGUUCUCGAGGAAAAGAAAUACCCAACAGCAGCAACAGCAGCAGCAGCAGCAAGAUUAA